AUGGUCAAGCGAAAUGGCACAUCCACUACAGACUUCAUUCUCUUGGGCCUCUUCCCUGAGUUCCAAUAUACCAGCCUCCUGGUCUACCUCAUCCUCCUGGCCUACCUUGUUGCCCUCACAGGGAACGCCAUCCUCCUCCUCCUGAUCUGUGUGGAUGCCCACCUGCAUACCCCAAUGUAUUUCUUGCUCAGUCAGCUCUCCCUCAUUGACGUAUUCUACAUCUCCAGCUCAGUUCCUAAUAUGGUCUUCAACCAUGUCUCAGGAAAGCACAGCAUCUCCCUCAUUGGCUGUGGUGUCCAGAUGUUCUUCUGCCUGGCCCUAGGUGGUGCCGAGUGUCUCCUCCUGACCCUUAUGUCCUAUGAUAGAGUUGUGGCUGUUUGUGAUCCCCUGCGCUACACAGUCAUCAUGAACCCAAAGGUUUGCUGGCUAAUGGCAGUGGCACCGUGGACUGGGGGUGCUGCAAAUUCACUCAUCCAAACUAUUUACACCAUGCAUUUCCCUGUAUGUGGUCUGAGGGAAAUAAAUCACUUUUUUUGUGAGAUGCCUGCCAUCUUGAAGCUCUCCUGUGAGGACACCUCAGAGUAUGAGAUGGUGGUGUUCAUGGUAAGUAUCAUAUUCAUCCUCAUCCCUUUUAGUCUCAUAAUGGCAUCCUACAUUCGGAUCUUCCUCACCGUGCUCAGGAUGAACUCACCCGAGGGGAGGAACAAGGCCCUGGCCACGUGUUCUUCUCACCUGACUGUGGUGAGUCUCUACCUGGGGACAGGCAUCGUGGUGUACAUGACACCUGGCUCCUCCCACACCCCAGCAUUGGAUCAAGGUCUCUCUGUGUUCUACAUCGUCCUCACCCCCAUGCUGAACCCCCUCAUCUAUAGCCUGAGGAACAAGGAGGUGCUGGGGUCUCUGAGGAAGGUCCUAAAGAAAAAUCUCAUAUUAAAAUAG